GCACAACAGACGGGACAUUUCAUCAGACAAGACGCUAGCUGAGACAUUUACGACAAAUUACGCCCGCCAGUUAACCUACCAAGACAGUUAUCAAACGUCUGACAAAACAGCGAGCACGCUAAGUGUUGACUUGAGCCUGAAACUACUCCCUCAGUUUCGUCGUGAGAAGACAACCAUAUUGGACUAACCGGCACUACCUCCCUGUCUCUCAAACGACUCAAUUCUUCAACGAAGAGCUGGGGAACAGAGCACAUCAAAUAUCUAACGGACUUGAACCAGUCGAUACACAGAUACACAAGAGGAUCCAGAGUGUCGCCGAACUCCAUCUUGUCACGUUAUAUUACUAAUAGUCAUGGCUUCAAAACUCGGCCGCUCAAUUAUCAAAGCCCAGCGUCCUAUUAGACCCAAAGGACAAGUAAAGUGUGAAGUCCACAAACAAAAUGAAGUCGUACUUUUAUGUCAGGACUGUAAAAUGUUAAUCUGUACAAAAUGUUCUAUCACUCUCCACAAACAUCAUAUUGAUAGUUUUCUGGAGAUAUCUGACAUCAAAACACGACACAAUCAAAUACUCCAGGACUUUGUCAAUGAGACAGAAAAUGUAAAUAUUCCAAAACUUAACCAAGAAAUAAUUUCAUCUCGAACAAAAAAGAGUUCAUGUAAACCUAGGUACGAUAAACUUCGCAAAAACAUCAUUGACAAUACUAAAAAAUGUAAGUUAGAGUUAGACAAAAUCACUGAGGAUUAUAUCGCACUUUGUGACAAGAUGGAGGUGGCGGCCAUGGACCUAAUACAGACCCACAUCACAGACCUGGAGAGUAGACUGAAAACUUUGAGGGACCUCUCAUCAGAGUAUAAACAGACUCUCCAGACAGGAACCAGUGUACUCGUGUACGACUCGGUAUCAGAAAUCCGGGAAAUGGAUCCAGACAUCCCACCGACACCUAACAUAGACAUGGCACAGUUUACUCUGGGUGUGGACAGACUAAGUCACCUAAAACAGGCCAUUGGUAACCUAAAGCUUACUACUGACCAUCUCCAGGCAGGAUCGGCAACUAGUGGUCACUCCGACCAACGUCCAGUAGUCCGACCAAAACAGUCUACAGAGGCUGGUCAAGCGUCCACUGGAGAAGUCCGGUACAAACUUCGUGACCGUCCAACCGUCAUGUCCCAGUUCUCAUACCGGGAUGGCAUCACGUCGAUCUGUCCUACAUCUGAUGGACGUGCGUGGCUGUGUUACUGGAACACCAACACAGUAAAGCUCGUCAACAACCAAGGUCAGGUCAUACAGACGAUACAACACAGCAGUGACAUCAUAGACAUCAGUCUGGACCCCACCACAGGUCGUCUGUGGUUCUGUUGUAGGGGUGAUAAAACUAUCUGUGAAGUAUCUACAUCACAUAAACCAGUCACAAGAUUCACUACAGAGGAUUACCCAGUCCGUCUGUGUGUGACCAGGGAGGGUCGGGUAGUGGUGGGUACAUGGGAUUAUAGACAGAGGUACAAGGUGGGGGUGUAUACAGUGGACGGUCAGGUGUUACAUACAGCCAUUGUGGAGAGGGGAGUAGAGUCAAUAUCACAAUGUGGUGUUACAGGUAAUAUAGCUGUAGUAGUGGGUUAUAAACGUAUCAUUGUGUACAACUCAACACUCCAGCUCCUGGUCCACUACCAGGGGGAGGGGAUACAGGCCCAGGGGGAGGGGAUACAGGUAGGGGGGUCGGUCACACCAGACAAGUUUGAUCCUCGUACAGUUGUAUAUGACAGUAAGGGUAAUAUUGUUAUUGCUGACCAGACAAGGAACACAAUAGAACUGAUAAGUGGAGCAGGGAAGUACAUAAAAAUACUUCACACAAACAAAGGAGUACAGGGACCAGUAGGUAUACAGAAGGGUGAUGUGUUGUGGUCAUACUUAGAGUUAGAUACAGGAGGGCGGGGACUCAAACUCCUCAAGUAUUAUAGUGACUGAGUGACUCAACCUUGAGUGAGGAUACAAACAGUUUAUAUCAGUGGACUUAAACAACAUUAACUUUACAUUGUUAUAUCAUCAUACAUUUAUCAUAAUAUGUAAAAGGCAUGUAAUCAAUUUAUUGUUAAAUGUACUGUAAAUAUGAUUGUGUAAACAUGUCGCUGUGAUACCUGUUUCUCAACAUAAAUAAUGUUAUUUACCGUUAAAUGUACUGUCUAUAUGAUUUUAUAAACAUGUCCCUGUGAUACAUUUUAACAACUGUUUUACAACAUUUAGAAUGUGUUUACCGUUAAAUGUACUGUAAAUAUAAUUUAAACAACAUUAACUUUAUAUUGUUAUAUCAUCAAUCAUCAUACAUAUAUCAUAAUGUAUGUACACAUUAUAUUAGACAUGUAAUAUGUGUUUACCGUUAAAUGUACUGUAAUUUUUUUCAAUACACACAGACCGCGGGAUUGUAACCACGUCACUGUGAUACAUUUCAACUUCUGUUAUGACAUCUGAAAUCAACAUCCCUGCAUCUGUUUUAUGUGUAUAACCUGACUCCCCCUACCUCUUCAAGUGGCUCGUUCCAUUCGAAUUUAAUUGAUCCAGAGAAAUAGUUUGUUUUUGAAGUGAAUAUACACAGGUCACGUGACGUCAUCAGUAGUAUCACCAGUUCCACUCUAUGUAACGUGUAGUGUCUUUACGGUUUAUAUGUAAUAAAUAUUUCUUGAAUCUAUAA